AUUUUCCCUUCUCCUCUCCUCCUCUACCUGUAGCUGUCGGACACCUAUGGUCGCUUUUAUUCUUUGCUAAAGGAAGAAGGGAGAAUACCAUAAUCGAGAUACUAUGCCGGCGUUCGGGGGGCCGGUUCUAUCGGACUUAGAGCCAACGCCCACUGCAGAGGCUUCUGUGCUGGGGGAAGCGCCGGCAACACAGACGGAGGAUCCGGGCGGUUGGCAUCCGGGGGAAACAUCACCACCAAAUGGUAGGAGUAGACCGCACGAGGAGACGCUAAUUCAGAUAACGCCCACCACGGCAGGCACUUUGGCUACCCCUACUGAAGUUCCGGCAGUUACUGCCACCGAGUCGGGCACCCCUGUCAAUCCAGCAAGUAGAGUUAGCACUGGGACGUUGGUUGGCAUUUUAGUUGCGUUAGGAGUGGUUUCCGUUGCAGCAUUGAUUGCACUGGCCUGUCUCAAGCGGAAGAAGAGAAGAAGGAGCCGUAGAAGGAGUCCUAUAGAUGGUGAGGACGAAGCGGAGAAGGCUCCUCCAAGUUACGAGGCAGCAGUUUUUGGGUCAACCGAUAAUGCAACAUGGAAUGAGCAUUAUGGUAUCAACAAUCCCCCACAACAACCAGAACAGCCAAUACUCCAAUCACCGGAACCGGUACACCAUGUGAUACAUUCUCCCCGGCCCAUAAGUGCUGCCAGUAGCACAGCUCUCAACCGCCUCGAGCCAGUCGUCACGCCGCAGCAGAGACCAGUAUCGCAGGAAAUAGUAGUCUUCCCCCAUGACUCUCCCGUAUUGGGACCGCAGGAUGACAAUAUUUCACUGCAAGCGGCGUUAAGACUGAGCCAGCAGAGCAAUAGGGUGCUAUAUUCGCAGCCCACUGCAUCAGGAAGGUUCACAGAGAACUUUGACGAUUCAGCAUCAGUGGUCAGCGAACUGACAGAGGAGGAACGAAUUGUCGCGGUUGAGAUAGUCUGAAAUCUUUGGGAGACGGCAGAUUCUGUGAUAUUUUGCUUAUUUUAUUUCCUUCGAUUAUUUUAUACAUAUUUCUUUCUCACGAAGGGAUGACGGAUUGGCGGUAUUUUUUCGGUUCUUUUUUUUUUUAAAAAAAAAAACUUUACGGUCUUUUUUGCGCUCGGGCAUUCAUUCAUUCAGAUUGGCAAGGUUCAGUUAAUUCUUUGGGGUUGCAUAUAUGGGGAUCGGUGUGAUGAAGGGAACGAACCUGGGCCGAUGUUAGGAACUGGAGUUGUUGCUGUUGUAUUUUUCUAUACCCUUUAUUUCAUUUUUUAUUCCAUUUAUUCAAUUUCCGGGGGGUUUCUUUUACUCCCAUUAUUUUUUAUUUUUUUCUUACUGUCGUACCUCUGGAUUCGUACCGUAUCCUGGGAAUUUUCUUAGGAGCGGGGGAGACCAACGAGCGAACGAACGAUCGAUAGGUGUCAUGUACCACCGUGGUAAACGAACAAAAAAGAAAAUGAAGGUUUAAGAAAAGAAA